AAUAAAUUUCGCAUCUUUCUUCCUGCACGGCCCCUUUGUACCUCGCAUCGAAUCUGGGCUACCUUCUCAGCAAAGCCCCCUAACAUUAAUAAACUUUCUCUUCUUCUUCGUGCAGUUCUUAGAGAAACCGAGGAAUUCUGCAUUUUUCCAACUUGUAGAUAAAUGAAAGAUGAAUCAACCUAAGACUGUCCCAAAUUCAAGCUCAGUUCGCCCAUUACUUCCUCGGUGGGAUUUAGUCAGUACUUCUGAUAGCAGAGGGAGCACCAAAACUAUUCUCAGCUCAAGGCAACGGUUGCGUUGGACACAUGAGCUCCAUGAACGUUUUGUGGAUGCUGUGGAGAAACUGGGUGGGCCAGAUAGGGCUACUCCUAAAGGUGUCCUUAGAGCCAUGGGGGUACUCGGUUUGACAACAUUCCAUGUCAAAAGCCACUUACAGAAAUAUCGGCUUGCAGCGCACUCGCCAGAGCCUUCAGCUGAUGGUAAAAUCAAGAAACUAGAAGGCAAUGUGACUUCCAGCUCAGAUGGUUCCUCCAAGGUACAAAAUACUUUAGCACUUAAGUGGACAGAGGAGCAAAAGAAGCUGCAUGAGCCACCUGAGGUCCGGAAGCAGUUGCUGAUUGGGGAAGCAGACCAAGGCAAACUGCAGAAGGUCACUGAAGAGCAUCAGCAGCCUAGUGCAGAUUUAACUGAGGUGACUGUUUCAGAGACCCCUGUCCCCGUCACUGUUGGCAACCUCCCGGAAUCUGUCAAGACUGAACCAUCUGUUCCAACUUCAACGUCUGGGUCCUCCUCCCAAGAUAAGGCUGCCAAUGAAUGCUCCCCUGCUCCCGUCUCAGAUGACAACUCCCACAAAUCUGUCCAGACUAAACAAUCAGCCCCAUCUUCAGUCAAGUCUCCCCUCCAAGAUGAGGUUGCCAAGGAAUGUGCACCUGACCCUGUCUCAGCUGACCCAAAAUCAGUCAGGACUGAACCAUCAACUACUGUUCCAGCUUCUGGGUCUCCCAUCAAGGACAAGGCUACCAUGACACACCCUGAUUCUGCGGUUGAAUCUUUCUCAUCUUCCCGUGAAACAUCUGUUUUGGAUAGUACUGAUCGCCUUGUUGGAUCCCCAGCUGAGACUCCAGAUGGUGAGAAGUUAGCAAAGAAACAGCGAGUGGACGAGGGACCAGCAUGUUAAUAACCAAAGAUAAGAGUUGCAUACUACAACCAGAGUUGGAGGUUGGCCUAGGCUUGGUUAGCUGUAGCUCCCCGUGCAAAGUAGCUUGAUCCUUAAAGUGACAUCCUGGGCAAUGAAGAGUGGUUUGCAUGUUUCAGGCAAUGAUAUAUGAUACUUGUGUAUGAAUGUUGUAUGCACUUCAAAGCUUUAUCUAUUUCUCUUUUUUGUAUUGUAGUUUUUCUAGUUUCCGAGAAGUAUUAACUGUCUGGUUGAAGAACUAGGAGCUGUAUCUGGGAUUUGUACUGUCAUUUCAUAUUUUUUCUGAGGCUUGUUCUUUUGCUCAUUCUUUUA